AUGGCUUCCACGUUUCAAACCCGUACAUAUUUGCUGUUCGGACCCAUCUCCAAAUACUCUGCUUCUGCUGUACCUAGCCCCACUCAACAUUCCUUCGACAAAGCUAUCUCGCCGAUCCAAAAGGCCUUGCAAGCUUGGAAACCACCACGGGCGCGUAACGCGUUUUUCAACGUCACCAUUGCCGACUGCUCCUCCGAUUGCGGAUUCGGCGACAGGACGAAAGAUGACAAAAUAUCAGACUCGGAAAGCAACAAAAGCACCUCCACUUCUAGUUCUGCAAGCAGCACCUCUGCUUUUUCGGGAUUUCGAUGA